AUAUUCUCCAUCUCCAACUCCAAGUCUCCAACCUCAGCUCAGCUCAAGCUCGCCGGCGAAGUGAACCAGAGAGAGUCAUCCAUGGAGGUGGAGGAGGCGGCGUACAGGACGGUGUGGUCGGAGCCGCCGAAGAGGCCGGCGGGAAGGACCAAGUUCAGGGAGACGAGGCACCCGGUGUACCGCGGCGUGCGGCGGCGCGGGGGGCGGCCGGGCGCGGCGGGGAGGUGGGUGUGCGAGGUGCGGGUGCCCGGGGCGCGCGGCUCCAGGCUGUGGCUCGGCACGUUCGCCACCGCCGAGGCGGCGGCGCGCGCGCACGACGCCGCCGCGCUGGCGCUCCGCGGCAGGGCCGCCUGCCUCAACUUCGCCGACUCCGCGUGGCGGAUGCCGCCCGUCCCCGCGUCCGCCGCGCUCGCCGGCGCGAGGGGGGUCAGGGACGCCGUCGCCGUGGCCGUCGAGGCGUUCCAGCGCCAGUCGGCCGCGCCGUCGUCUCCGGCGGAGACCUUCGCCAACGAUGGCGACGAAGAAGAAGACAACAAGGACGUGUUGCCGGUGGCGGCGGCGGAGGUGUUCGACGCGGGGGCGUUCGAGCUCGACGACGGGUUCAGGUUCGGCGGGAUGGACGCCGGGUCGUACUACGCGAGCUUGGCGCAGGGGCUGCUCGUCGAGCCGCCGGCCGCCGGAGCGUGGUGGGAGGACGGCGAGCUCGCCGGCUCCGACAUGCCGCUCUGGAGCUACUAAUCAAAAUCUCGCACUGAAAAGUGUGGACAAAUUUUGAUUCUCCAGAAAUUGGGGGAAAAAAGAGAACAGAGUAUUGGUGAAUUUAGAACAGAGUAGGCAAUGAGACUGAGGAUGAAUGGCAAUUUUUGUAAUUUUGGAAUGUGCCAGAUUUCUCCCUCCUUUUGUGAUUCCAUCUGAUUUUGAAUGUGCAGUCAAUGAAUUCCUGUAAAUUUACUUCUCCUCUCCAAAGAGCUAUUUUGGUCAAGUUCUUCUCUGAUUUUAUGGAUUU